AUAUAAAGAAACAAAACAGAGUUUAAGAGAGUAAUCUUGUGGAGAAGUGAGAGAUUCAAUGGGAAAUUACAAGUUUAAAAUUUCAGAUAUGAUCCCAAAGGCAUGGCUGCACAAGCUCAAAGACAUGACUAAGCAGUCUAAACCCAAUCAGAAACCUUCUUCUUCUUCCUCAAACAAUUGUAACAAGAAGAAACCCUCCUCAGAGUUUCUUCUUCAUCACUCUUCAACCUUACGUUUUUCCAACAGCUUAGGACCAAACAGUCCUCACCGUAACUCAACAAGAAACUCUCUUCAUACAAAAAGGAAGAGCAAGAGAAAGACAGUUUACAAGCCAUCUCUUAAACCAAUCACUCCUUUUGCAUCUGAAGGUUUUAACAAGAGCAAGAUCAACGGUCAAGAUUCCACUCACUGCCUAUUUCCAGCUCCUGAAAGCUCCUCUAAGUCUUUUGUAUAUAGGUUUUAUGAAGAGGAGGAUGAUCAAUUAGUUGAUCUUUCUAGCUUCAGGAUCGACACAAAGGACACCAAGUACGAGGUCAAAGAGUCUGAUCCCACAGAGAAAACUUUUCCUGCAAGUAACCUAACCAAGAAUCUGCUUAAAAGCCAUCUUUCGGUGAAGACUAACAAAGAGAAAGAAUAUGAUAUGUGCAGAGCAGAGAAAAGAUACCAAAAUCAAGUUUCCAGUGGAAGAAAAUCGUCUUCAGGGAUAAACCUCAGAAGAGUAACUUCACCAAGAAUUCAACUCUCAGGUACGCGUAGAAGCACGUCGAGAUCAGAGGGCAAACAAGUUGUUCUUGAGAGUUUUGCAGUGGUGAAGCGUUCAGUUGAUCCAAAGAAAGAUUUCAGAGAAUCUAUGGUGGAGAUGAUAGAAGAGAACAACAUAAGAGCUUCAAAAGACUUGGAGGAUCUUCUUGCUUGUUACCUUUCCUUGAAUCCAAAGGAGUAUCAUGAUCUUAUCAUCCACGUUUUUGAGCAAAUCUGGCGUCAUCUUACAAAAACAAAACUCUCUUAAUAUAAUGUUAGUUAACGUCCGGUAACACUAGUAUUAGUAUCAUUCUGUCUUGUGAAAAUUCUAGUUAAUGUUAGUUGAUGUUCAUUAAGAGGUUAGAUGGAACUGUGGAGAUUUUCUUCUCUCUGGUUAAGGGAAACAAAUAAUAAAAGUAGUUAUCAUAUUUGUCGUUUUAAUUAAAAAAUAAUUACUUAUAAGAGCGUGGAA